CACCCCCCAACGAGAACGAUUUCGACCGAGCCGCAGGACAAAAUAGGGAGGAUAGUGGAAGCGACGGGAAUGAGAGAAGAAGAGUGCUGAUUUAGGAGAUAAGGUACGACAGACAGAGGCAUCGCGGCGGUAGACACCAACCAGACAACCGUAGAAGAAGAGAGAAAAAGGAAGACAUAAAAAGGGGGACGGUUUGACAGUUGUGUAAAGCGAACAGAGUAACAAAAUUGUGGAAACGUUAGUUCACCGGGUAUGGCAGACGCAGACGUUGACUUCCAGACAGGUGAUGCUGGGGCAUCCGCCACCUUCCCCCAGCAGUGCUCGGCCCUGCGCAAGAACGGCUUCGUGGUGCUGAAGGGACGACCCUGCAAAAUCGUGGAGAUGUCCACGUCCAAGACCGGCAAACACGGCCACGCUAAGGUCCACAUGGUUGGUAUUGACAUCUUCAACGGAAAGAAGUAUGAGGAUAUCUGUCCCUCCACCCACAACAUGGACGUACCCAACAUCAAGAGACUAGACUACCAGUUGAUUGGGAUCACGGAUGGUUACCUGUCUCUGCUCCAGGACAGCGGUGAAGUGAGAGAGGACCUGAAGAUGCCAGAGGGAGACAUGGGCAAAGAGAUCGAAACCAAGUACGACGCUGGAGAGGAGAUUCUGAUCACUGUUCUGUCUGCGAUGAAUGAGGAGGCUGCAGUUGCCAUCAAGGCCAUGGCUAAAUAAGACACUGCAGGGGUUAACAAGAUGCACUGGACCUGGAAAAGGGACGGAAUAAGGCCACGUCAAUGCUAUUCUCCUACUUUCUAUUUCUUUUUUUUCGUGAUCUCUAUCCCUCCCUCUGUACUUUCUCGCCCUUCUCUGGGUUAAAUUAGGAACUCAAUUCAAUUAAUAAUUGGAAAUGGCAAACGGUCGAAACAUUCUCCCCACACACACACACAGCAUACAGGUCAGCACCUGUACAGAUGAAACUGAGAGAGAAGGUAGAAUGGAGAAAGAUGUGUUUUCUCACAAACAAAUUGGCGCCUGCGAAGGCAGGGCGUAAGUAGCUACUGUAACUAGUCAAGGGAGGGGUGAUGAAAAUGUCACGUCUGUUUUGUAAAUUCUCCCGAUUCAUCAAGGGCUUCUUCAACUCUAGAUUUAUGAGUGAUGCUGUUCUGUUUAGGAGCUCAUUCAGCGGGAGCACUGUGCUCGGUAUGUUACAAUAGAAAUAUAACAUACAUAAUUGAAAAUGGUGCCAGUUCUAUAACAUGGAGAUUGUGUCAGCUCUAUACGUUACAUUUCUAUCUGAUUUUCCAAGCGAUACGCCCUUCUGAAUGAGACUCCAGUCUUGUUCAAUAUUUUGUGUAACAUAUAUCACUUAAAUCUGUCUGUUAAAAAAAGUGUCAUGAUUUACAUGCCAGGAUCAGGGCCCAGAUUAACAAAACUUUAAGACAUUUCUUCUUAACUACCAUUUUUUCCUUAACUAUAGACUUAUGAUGGAAGUUAAGCACAGUUGCUAUUCCUCAAAAAGGUUAUUGGAAAUGUUAAUGCGCUAUUUCUUAUGUUUCUCCUUAAGCAAAAAGUUAAGAAAUUAGAUUCUUGAAAAUAACGUUUUUGGAUUUGUUCCUAAUUCCAAGAUAGUUAAACCCUUGUCUUAAACUCAGGGCAGUGAGAGAAUAAGCUCAUGAAAGCAAUUGAACAUGUUUCAUUCACACAAACUUCAUCUGAAAGUUUCAGUAUUGAUUAUUUUAAACCCAAGAACAUGUUUUAGAACAGUAAUCUCAGUAGGAAAUAUGCUAACAUGAUUGCCAUUGCUAGCUAGAUAGCUAAAUUGGUUGCCUAGCAACAAACAUUUGUAGGAAAAUCAUUAAAUCUUAAGAUAUUGUUGAGGAAUUGCUCUUACUCUUAAGUUUUUGCGUAAGAAGUGUUUUGUGAAUCUGGGCCCAGUUCUUUCGGAGUAGGAGUUGAACAAGUGUCACACAGUAGCAUUUAGAAGAAACUAAACUCGCACGCCAAUUCCAGUGUUUCAGUUCAGUCUUUCAGAUAUCUGAUCGAGACCGCGCAUAAGACUAAGUCCUUUCUUUGCGCAAAUCGGCCCCUUAUCUUCCAUUACCCUCAACGCCUGGGCAAAGACCUUUCGACAGAGGCUGCCAACAGAGCAGGUAGCUAGCUUGUCGACACACUGGGUCACCUAUAGAGAGAAGCACCAAGUAUUUGACCCAUUAUUACUUUGUACAAACUCAUGAGAAAAAGUUAUGGCAUUUGGUUUUUGCUUGAUUGUAUUCACAAAGAAGUCCAAACUGUGCAGAAUGUCUCCCGCCCCCAAACAAAUUAAAGACGACACAAAUUGUUAGAAA